CAGAGCCUGGUGUCGAGUGCAUUUUGGCGUUACCGUUCUAGUUGUGCUUGUUUAUCAACAGACCAAUCGCAACAGUAGUGUGUCUCAUAUGAUGUUGGCGUUUGCAAGUUGGCUAGUCCAGUUUCAUUACUCGAGGAACGGGAGGCGGCGAUUGGAGAGAUUCUAGAGCAAGAGAGCAGAAGCAACGAACGACGUGGCAAAUGACAUAUUUUUUAUGCAGAGACGAAUUGGCACAUAGUUAUUUGCAUAUCCGUCGGAUGUCUCAGAUCCGUCGGAGAUCGAUGUAACAACGGAUGCGUCGGGGUAACCACGCAGCCACUCAAAAUGAUCUCCCAACCCAGAAAACAGCACCCUUCUCUCUCCAAGCUACCACUUCCACCAACAGAAUCUGAGUAAUGUCUGACAUAAGAAAGGUCUCGACACCUAUCAUCAGCUCCAGCCUCGUUGUUGGUGGUUGCGGUUUUCUCGGGUACCAUCUCGUACGACAACUUCUCCAAGAUGACGAAAGCGGCGAGGUCUACGUGCUGGACCGGGAUGUAUCCAGAAACCGGCACGACAACGCCUCGUAUUUCAAGGGGGAUAUCUCUGAUGGUGAAUUUGUGCGAGGAGUAGUGAAUGACAUUCGACCUAGUGUCAUUUUUCACUGUGCUUCUCCGAUCGCAGCAUUGCCCAUGAGCAGAGAGCGCGAAUUUUACGAGACAAAUGUCAAGGGCACUGAGGCCCUGCUUACGGUUGCGUCUGAAUGCGAUGCUGUUCAGGCCUUUGUCUUCACCUCUAGUGUUGACGCGUACGCCAAUCCGCCUCAUACAAAUGCUGAUGAGACAUAUCCUCUUUGGUCACCCAACGACAAGUCGAAUGAGUACAAUCGGACAAAAGCAAUUGGCGAUCAUCUAGUUCGGGGAGCCAAUGGCCCAAGACUACGUACGGUCACUCUACGACCCGGUCACGCUUAUGGAGAAAGACAUGUCCAAGGCAUGGUUGAGGUUCUCGAUAUGUGCAAGAACAAGAAGCUCGUGCAGAUCGGAGAUGGAAAGAAUCUCAUGGAAGUCGUAUCUGGGGAGAACAAUGCGAUAGCACAUGUUCUCGCUGCAAAAGCUCUCCUGGACCCAAGUCGUGCAUCCGGCAAAGUUGAUGGAGAAGCUUUCAAUGUCUCCGAUGGAGCUCCAGUACCGUUCUGGCAUCACACGGGAGUUAUCUGGAAAACAGCCAGAGGUGAAGAUGUCUUCAAGGACGUGAUUGUGCUGCCUGCCUGGGUGAUGAUAGUAGCAGUCUUCUUAGCGGAGUGGACAUUCUGGAUACUCACUCUUAACACGGCUAAGCCGCCUGUUGAGCUACGAAGAGUCUCACUAGAGUAUUGCGUCUACACGCAUACUCACAGCAUCGAAAAGGCUAGGAAGAGAUUGAGCUUCAAUCCUGUUUCCGAUCACGAUGCGGUUGUGGCGCAGUCGGCGAGAUGGAUGUUGAAAUAUCGAGAGAGCAUGAAGCAGAAGUCUAGUUAAUUACAAGCUAUUGCCUUGGAAUCCAGACUCAUGGAGAUGCGCUUACAGCUCUCGCCAUCUGACCAUGGUGUGAAGGACGGAUACUAGGAAGCCUAUCUGUUAAACUUACCGCCCCGUUAGGGACAGAAUACGCAACCAAACUCUAUUCACCUCCUUGUACUGGAAUAUCAACGGACAGUCCUACUAAGCAGACGCAAACUCCCAGGACCGUGCUCACCACGAUAACCACUUGUGGUUGAAAAGGGAACUGGUGUUCGUGUAAUAAUCCAUGGACCUGGACAUUGCUUGGGCACAGAAGCCUUACGUGGCCAGCCAAGGCUUGUCCAAUCUUUCACAGUGUCCAUACAAGGUCACGAUAGUAACUACCGAAGAGAAUUGAAGUACUCACCGACACGGCCUUGUAACGGUUCGUUGUUGCACCUCGGUCCGAAUGAACAGUUGAAACUUGACCGGUAGUGUAUCACAAUUCAUAAACGUUCCACCAGACUCUGGCCGUAGAAUAUUCUUGGAACUC